GAAGUAGCCAGCUGCAGAACUUGACAUUUAACCAUUACAUAGCAGAAGUAAGAGAACAAGCAACAUAUUCUUGAAGUCUAAUUUUGGAGCUGAAGUAGCAGUUCUAUUAUUUUAAGCUACGCAUUGUGGAGAGCAGGGAACAUUAUUCCUGCAUGAAAUUGAAAUUCUACCUGAAUGUUACGUAGAUUGCUAAGCACUCUUCCCUCUUGUACAUAAAGACCACUGUCUCAUGUUCCUUAACAGAAAAUCAGUGACCAAAGGAAUCAUCAGAACAACAUGCAAAGUCAAGAUUAAAAGGAACUGAAAGUGUACUAGAAAUGAUCAAUUCUUCAGGAAACUACUGCAUUUACAGCAAGGUAUUAACAAAACAAGCUCUCCCGUUGGCAUAUGGUCUCAUCUUUAUAGGAGGAAUCCUGUUAAAUGGGGUAGCAGCCUGGGUUUUUCUACAUAUUCCAAGCAAGACCAGUUUUAUAGUCUAUCUGAAGAACAUUGUUGUUGCUGAUCUAAUCAUGAGCUUAACGUUCCCUUUCAAGAUUUUUGCUGAUUCAGAAAUUGGACCAUGGCAACUCAACACUGUUGUCUGUCGUUUCUCUGCUGUUAUUUUUUAUUUAAAUAUGUACAUGAGUAUAACAUUGUUUGGACUCAUAGGCUUUGACAGAUGUUACAAAGUUGUGAAGCCACAGUUCCUCACCUCUGCUCACACAGUUCGUUGCAGCAGAAUUGUCUGUGUUGCCAUGUGGGCACUGCACAUGCUUAUAUCACUUCCUAAUAGUAUUCUUACAAAUAAAACUCCUACCAAAGACAAUUCAAAGUGUGUGGACCUGAAAAGUACUCUUGGAGUCCAAUGGCACCAGGCUUCAAAUUACACAUGCCUAGCAAUUUUUUGGAUUGUGUUCCUUCUUUUAAUAUUCUUCUACAGUUCUAUAGCAAGAAAGAUAUAUUUUUCCCACCGAAAGUUCAAGAAAAAUUCCAAGUUGUCUAGGAAAAAAACCAAUCGAAAUAUUUGCACCAUCAUGCUUGUAUUUAUCAUUUGUUUUGUUCCCUAUCACAUUGGUAGAAUCCCCUAUACAUUAAGCCAAGCUUCAUCACAAAACAGGUGUGAAGAACAAAAAGUGCUGUUUUACAUAAAAGAACUUACUCUCCUCCUAUCAGCUGCAAAUGUUUGCCUUGAUCCUAUUAUUUAUGUAUUCCUCUGCCAACCUUUCAAGCAAAGACUGUACCAAAAGCUGCACCUCAAAAUGAGGACAUCUGAGGAAUUAGAAAACUCUAGAUCAAGAAAGUCAAAUGCAAUUUGUGAAACAGUUGUUAUUUCAUAAAUUCUGAGAUUCAGCUAUUUAUAACAUGCUAAGACAAGCAAAUGUUUAGAUCUGGGAACAGUUUAAUAGAGACCUGUUCAAUAAUGGCAUAUUGAAGCAAGUUUUUACGUUAUUACUAUAGGGCAAACAUCUGAAUCCACUGUACUACCUUGCUGCUCUGGUAUGCAUCCCAAUGCCAGCUACCCAAAAUUAUCCUCUUCCUAGUGUCUAUCCUCUACCCAGUGCCUAUGCCUAAAAUUUAUAUGAGGAAAUUGAGACAGGCAAAAGCAUCUUUUGCAGCCCAGUGCUAUGUUUCCAAUUUGAUUGUGUAUUUCUGCAUGGCAGGGGGUUGGACUAGAUGGCCCUUGCAGUCUCUUCCAACUCUAUGAGUCUAUGAUUAUGGUUGUUUUUAUUUUGCCUUUUAUUAGCCCCACUGCUGUUAAUUUCAGUUCCAUACUAAACAUACCAAUUACUAGUGGACACUGUGCUCUGAAAGCCUCUUCCUAUUGGAAAGUUCACAGUAGAAUCAUGGACAGGUUUUUCAGAUUUACUCUUCAAAAUCAUUUUACCUCUACCUGAGAAUUCCCGCACCAUUUCCAUCCCCAACCUUCCUUUCAAUCCUACAAGACAUAUCCAUUGGUUAAAACCUAUAAGCUUAAAUCUUACUGAGAAAGAGUCAUCUGUGAAUUUUCAUUUGCUCUUUUUUUUUACCUUCUCUCUCUCCCUUUCCAGAGCUAUCAUCUAUCCUGAUUCCUUCCACCAGUUUUCAAAUAGCCCCACAGUAUCUCUUUCCAGUAUUGAAAUGUGUACAUUUGGCACCAUCACUUUCAUAUCCUCAUUUCGUGUUCCUUUCAGGUUCUCCAUUUUUUUUUUUAUCUUAAGCAAUUCUCGUGUUGCUUUAAAGCAUUGCAAUCUUGUUCUUUAAAGCCCAAUGAUCAUUCAAACUAUUCAGCAUGAAUUCACCUGCAGAACAUCCCUUCCUCCUUCCUUUUCCAACUUCAUUUUCUACCAUAUUACUAACAUACAACUAACCAUUCUGUAUUUGGCAAAGGUAUCUUCACUCACUUGGCAUCAAUUUUUCUGGAAACAGCUUACACCAUUUAAGCCAACUUUAAAAUGUGUAAUAAAAGAAUGUCUGUGGUCCAAAACACACUGCAGAAAUAAUCCAGUUUGAGACUUUAAAUGCCCUGGAUCAAUCCUAGAGAAUUCUGGGAACUGUAGGCCUCAUUCACACUAUGAUAUAUAUCAGUCUGAAAACUGGUUUAAAGAGGGGUCGUUCACACUAGCACUGAUUGUCUCUGAUGCGAUUUGCACAGCGGCUGGUGCAAAACCUAUUUAAACUGGUGUUUUUGAAUCCAAAGCAUUCACUGCUUCUUUUCAAAAGCACUGUUUUUUUUACGGGAGCCACCAACGGGAACUCAAUCCCAUUCAGAGCAUCCCGUUGUCUCUGCUCUUCCUUCUCUUCCUCCUCCUCCUCCUCUCCCCCCCCCCACUGCUGUUCUUUCUCUU